GCAGCCCCGUGCAAAUGGCGGCGCGGGGGCCGGCCCGCGCGGGCGUGCUGAGGUGAGGCCGGGGGAGGCGGGCGGUGCCGCCAUGGAGCACAUCACCACCCCGAAGGUUGAAAAUGUGAAACUACUAGAUCGCUAUACAAAUAGAAAGGCAGCAAAUGGGACGUUAUACCUGACAGCUACCCACCUUAUCUAUGUAGAUGCUUCUGCUGAAGUCAGGAAAGAAAUAUGGAUUCUGCAUCACCAUAUUGCAACUGUAGAAAAAUUGCCCCUGACCACAGCUGGAUAUCCACUCCUUAUCCACUGCAAGACCUUCCAUGUGGCUCACUUUGUUAUUGGGCAGGAACGUGACUGUCACGAAGUGUAUACCUCAUUGCUUAAACUUUCACAACCAGUGAAAUCCGAAGAACUUUAUGCUUUCUCUUAUAAUCCUAAAAUGUCUAAAGAGAACCGGGAGAUUGGGUGGAAGCUGAUUGAUUUAAAAGUCGAUUACCAGCGUAUGGGAAUUCCAAAUGACUAUUGGGAAAUAACGGAUGUUAAUAAAGACUAUGAGGUUUGCAACACAUAUCCUCCAGAAAUAGUGGUGCCUCGAGCUGCUAAUAAGGCUGUGGUGAUCGGAAGUUCAAGGUUCAGAAGCAGAGGGCGGAUUCCGGUGCUUUCUUACUUAUAUAAAGAAAACAAUGCUGCCAUAUGUCGCUGUAGCCAGCCUCUCUCAGGGUUCAGCGCACGCUGUCUGGAGGAUGAACAAAUGCUGCAGGCGAUCAGAGAAGCCAACCCUGGGAGCCCCUUCAUGUAUGUUGUAGACACAAGGCCAAAGUUAAAUGCCAUGGCCAACCGAGCUGCUGGGAAGGGUUAUGAGAAUGAAGAUAACUAUGAUAACAUUCGCUUUAAAUUUAUUGGCAUAGAAAACAUCCAUGUGAUGCGUAACAGCUUGCAGAAGCUCUUGGAAGUGUGUGAAAUGAAGUCCCCCUCAAUGAGUGAUUUCCUCACUGGGCUGGAGAACUCAGGUUGGUUACGGCACAUUAAGGCUGUGAUGGAUGCAGGUGUCUUUCUUGCCAAGGCUGUGAAAGAUGAAAAAGCUAGUGUGCUAGUCCACUGCUCUGAUGGGUGGGAUCGCACAGCUCAGGUCUGCUCCCUGGCUAGCCUCCUGUUAGAUCCAUUUUAUAGGACUUUUAAAGGCUUCAUGGUUCUGAUUGAAAAGGAGUGGAUUGCAAUGGGCCACAAGUUCUCCCACAGGUGUGGCCAUUUGGAUGGUGACCCCAAGGAGGUAUCUCCUGUCUUCACUCAGUUCAUUGAAUGUGUCUGGCAGCUCAUGCAGCAGUUCCCAUGCACAUUUGAAUUUAAUGAGCGUUUCCUUCUUGAAAUCCAUGACCACGUCUACUCCUGCCAGUUUGGCAACUUCCUUGGGACCUGUCAUAAGGAACGUGAGGAUCUGAAAAUCUUUGAGAAGACCCAUUCUCUGUGGCCUUUCCUCUUACAGAAGAAGCAGGAAUUGAGAAAUCCUUUGUACAGAGGAUUUACAGCUUACAAAGAGCUUCAACCAAAUACACUACCUUUUAGUUUCCAGUUUUGGUGUGGGAUGUAUAAUCGCUUUGACAAAGGAAUGCAUCCAAAACAGUGUGUAUUGGAUCAUCUGCUAAGCUCCAUGAGCCAGAAGAUGAAACUGGAGGACAAUGCAUCUGAAUUGGAAAAUAAACUUCCUUUCCUUGAUGGUCCUUUGCCCAGUGAAGCUUGCUCCUUAUCUAAAGUGGGACGUGCUGCUUCAAAAACACCGAUGCUCAACACUCCUCAGGAUUACGAAGGGGAACCACCUCCUGUGUUGAGCAACGGCAGCUCAGCAAGGGAGACAGAUGUUACACCAGGUGUGGACCAAAAGCACAAAGAGAACCUGUCUCAUGACCAGGACCUCCGCAAUCUCAGUGACACCACUAACGUGUUAGACUCUGUAGCUAAGGACGGAAAGCCUUGGCACCACUGAUCAGCUUUGAGAACUGUGUUCUGGAACCAGGUGUUUGUGGUGGUGAGGCAUGGGGGAGCUGUGCCCCUGGGGGGUGUAGACCACCCAACCAUUUACAGCUAAGCGUGAGUACGUAUGUUUGCAGGGACCUGUGCUCGCUGUAGGGAAGACUUGUUUGGUUUGCAUUUUUUUGCAGCUCGAAUGAUGGAAGAUGUGUACCGAGCUGCCCAGAAGGCUGCCUGGAGUUAGUGUAAACCUUUAUUUUUCAAUGGAAAAUGAUGUUUGUCUAAGGUUUAUGACUGCGUGCCAGUGCUGGUAUUUCAAGCUGAAAGAAAUCUUGGCUAAUUAACGUGGGGCUUAGGAGUUGUGCAGUGUUAUAAACACUUAUAACAGUUAUAAACUGGAGUAGGAAAGAUGCAAUCCAUUUGUUCUUGGUGGUGGUGCAAGGCCAUCUUAAAAUGAUAACAAAUUCCAGUUCAUCUUAAAAAGAUAAAAAACCCCUUUUCUUAGCUGUGAAUGAAUCUCUGCAUGGACCCUCACCUUGUGGCAAAACUGAUUAAUUUUUUGUUUCCUAUGCAUAAUUGUUAAACAAAAACAAAUCCCCCUGUGCCUUUUUAUGGAAACCGUUUUAACGUCCAGCCAUGCAAUGUACUAUUUCUAUUAUUGUAGUGUAGAGUAGUAUUUGAUCUUCUUUGUAGUCAGUAUUUUUAAACAAGGUUUUUUAUCUGCUCCCAGCUUCUCCAGGAUCUUUGCCGAUCCCCUGAGUGUAGCAGCUUCUUUCUAAGCAGAUCUUUCAAAGAAUAAGCUUUUAUGGACCUCAUUUACUGGUUGUGAGAGUGCGGCAAGCCACAAAGCUAGUCUGUAACACCUGACUUUUUGACAGAGGGAGUAUUAGACAUGAGAAAAGAUAAGAAAAAUACUAUGUGGAAAUUUUCUGUCCUGUUUUGUGAUCUUGGUUAAAUUGAAGCAGCAGAGUAACUCUUUGUUCUGAGCUGGAAUCAAUAUGCUUUUCUCACAUCCUUCGAUGAGGCAGUAAUUACAGAUCAGGUGUGUUUGAUUAUUGAAAUGGAGCCUAAAAUGAUUACUUCACAUUAUGUGGUGAGUGUUAUCUUGGAUGUUAAAAUUACAUGAACCUUAGAGAUGUUUUGCCUGUACUGUCAAGGCAUGGUGAGAUGAACAAUACCUCUCGUGGCAGUGAACUUUGUAAUUUUGUGAAGCUGGUGAUGAAAUAUAAAUUAGGAUGUGAUCUUUUGCUGCAACAAGAAGUGGACAUCUUGUCUCGUGGCAGUGGCUGCAGCUUGGACUCACUCCAGUGGUUGUUAAUACUACAUGGUUUCUUCAAACUAUAGUAAUUUCAGCUGAAGAUACUAGUUGCAGGUUUAAAACAAAGAUAUAUGUUCCAUUUAUGCAGAGUCUUGUGAAGAAAUAAGGGCUUGUCUCCCCACGGAAAUGGAUGGCCCAGGAAAGCUGUCCCACAGUACUUGUUCUGGACAAGCUUCUGUACGUGUGCUUAAUUGCACGGAGAGUCCCUUUGUGCAGCUUAAGUCAAGAUGCUUUUCUGCUUCCUUUUCGAUCCUGUUGCUUAAAUUGGAUGCUGCCAUUAAGUCCUAAAGUCAGUUUUUCUCGUCUAUAAACAUUUUGAAACAAGCUGAAAAUAUUUUCUAAGUUAGCCCUCCCAAUCUACAGUGAAAAUUAGAACCAUUCCAUUAUAGCAUUGUAGAAUGCAGUAGCUGUUGUUCAUAUGCUUAUAGCCUAUGAUGAAAUGACUAGGUUAGUUUCAGUGUUCAAGAUAAAGUAGAAAAGGAAAAAAACCAAACCCACAACACCAAAACCUCCCAAGUGUCUCAUUGUGGGUGAGAAAAUAUGUAUUUUAUUAAGCACAUCAGAAGACCCAAGGAAAAAGGGCAAUACCUGAGAACACAGAGUUUCUUCAAUGCCUAGCAUGGCAAAAAAACUUUUUAAAAUGUUGCAGGGUUUUCAAUCUUAAAGCAAGUAAUACAGUUGGGGUUUUUUUAACGCAGGAGUUAGAGAACUGCAGCGUGCAAUUGAUUUAAAAACUAAACGCAUAAAAUACUAAACCAGAUAUGCUUAAGCAGGUGAUGUUUGAAAUUUGUUGUGUGGGUAUGUAUCAACAAUACUGCAUCAUGCAACAGCUGUAUAUUUUAUAUUGAAGGAUACAGAUUUCUGAAUCCAAUUUUUCUUAAUUUUAAGGUGACUAUCUGCUGUUGAGUCUCUUUACUCCUAAAAAAAGAUCUGCUAAGCUUCUAACAUGUAAAUUAGAUAGUCUGCCAGUCUUUUAAGUUUGCCAUGUGCUCCUCAAGUGAAGAGACUGCACCCCAAGUCUUAAUCCAGCUGCUCUAGGUACCCAGGUUUUGGAAUCUGCUGUAGGUUUCCACUGGAGGGUGCUGGGGAGAUAUUUCCCUUUGCCUCUUUAUAGUGUAAAAGCUCGUUUCAUGUGUGCACUUUGCAGUGUGGAGCCUGUUUCCUACGGGCUGAUAGGAAACCCUGUCUUUGCUUUCUAGGUGGUAGAAGAGUGUAGCAGAUAGUAUGCACAGCUUCUUAAACAGAGGACUCUCAUAUGGUUAAGGAGACCAAGACAGGCUGUUUUUAGGACCAGUUAUUCUAGAUGUCAUAACUUCUUUUAAAGUGUUCUCUAAUGAAAAUUAAAGAUGCAGAAUUGUAGAGAAUUUUGACUGACUACUGAAGGUUUUAGACCUGCUAAUGGUUAAUCAUUGCAUAAAAACAUUUUGCAGAAGGUUUCUAUAAAUGUUUACACAUUGCCUUGUCUUUUGAAUUACCACAGAUUACUUUUUUCAAGGUAUAAUAGUCUUUGCUUAAUCUUAAAAUGUGAUGCUGACAUCUCCACAAACCCAUCUUGAGUACAAUGCUACUGCAGGUGCAUAUAAUCAUGAAAAGAUUACUUCAUACACUGAAAGUAUUAGUAAGCUUUUAGUAAUCUUGCUGCUUUUGACUUCAGUAACAAAACAGUGGAUGACUGUACUUUGAAAUGCAAAAGCUAGCAAAAAAAAAAAGGUAAUGGUCUGUCUUUUUAAACCUUUUGGGUUUAAUGUGUACAGACAUUGUCAAAGUCUACAACAUUUAAAAUAAUUCAUGCUGGUGCUGUAAAUUUAUGGAGCUGGAAAAAGAUCCCAGGGUUUCCUGGCUUCCCAUGAGAUUAUUUAUUUGAAAACUGAUUAGUUAGAAGCUUUUUACUCUUGGGUGUUUCAAGACCAAAAAUGAAAAGCUGUUCAGAGCACUGCAGCGUGUCCUCAGGUCUCUCUGGUCAGCUGGGCCUGGCAUCCCAGGGCAUUGCAGAAAGCCUGUGCUCGCUUCUCACGGAGUGCCCUGCUGACAGUGGUGAGCAACUUGAUGAGAUGUUCCCUAAAAGUGUUAAAGGAGAUCUAAAAUCUGUUACGUAGGAAUCUUAUUACAUAAGCACUAUGUGGGUGAAGACUCACUGUAACUAACUUAUUCCUAGCAGUGCAUCCAUGCGUUAUGAAGUCAUGAAUACUGUUGUUUGUAUUUAGAGCUGUUAAGUGAACAAUGCAACUUGCUGCUUUCCAUUGGGAUUCCUCUGACUGGGAGAAAUGGGAAGGAGGAGGGGAUCCUGCUUGCUAUGGAUGGGCUCUGUAUAAAACUCUUCUUUUUCUGGAGCACUUCUUGCUUUACCAGGAUCUCCGUGGUGUCAUGGUUUCAUGCCUGUACACAGUGUCUCUCUUGCUACAAACAGGUAUAGCAUUUCAAUGGGCAAGUGCCUAUAAUUAAAACUCUGUGUUGAAGCUACUACUUUGAAGUAGAAGAGGGACUUGUACAGUAGCUUUAUUUGCUGGUUGAAAUGUUUUAAUGUGAAUUUCACAAUGCUGGAUUCUUAAAUUGUGUAUUGUUUUGCAAUUGUAACCUGUGGUGGAGAAAAUCCAAUGGGUGCUGCUUGCUGUAUAGAAAAAAAAAAAAGGAAUAAUUGGUUUGCCAGUAGAUGUAGUUCCCAGCUGGCCCUCUUUUCAUGGGAGAGAAAAGGCAGUUUGUUAGAGCCUAUAGGCAUAAUAUACUUCUAGCCGCCUCUUCCUGCUCGUAGCGAAUGCCUUUCAUUGAAGUACUUGGAAGGAAAAUCCCCGUGCUGUGUGGGUGCUCACUGGUACAUAGAGCUGCCCUGGCUGGGGUGGAGGAGCAGACUGGCCUGUAGGUCGCUGUGAGCUUCAGUUUGCUUCAGUAAGCUCGGUCCUGGUGCGAGAGACUUGCUGGGAGCAGACGGAGCGCAGGACCUGGCAGGAUCUCUGCCUUGAGGUAGACCUUGCUGGGUUGCAGGUGGCAGUGUUCAUGCUGAAGUGCCCCGUGUCUGUGGUUUCCAUUGGGUUUGGAGAUGGUGAGCUUGGAAAGUGCCCUUGCAUCUGGCAAAGCGGUAGCACCUGCAGGGAAAGCAUUUAAAAGAGCUCUUGUGCCAGCCGCUGCUUCAGCUCCCUUUCUGGCAAAGCUGGCCGUUGGGUGGUUCAGUGCCCGACGGUCACUCCCCCCGAGGGAUCACUGCUUGGCGCUAUGGCAGUGAGUAUUUGUGAGUGACCAGGAUUCAAACUGUGUCUGCUGUUCUGCUCUUCUCCCCUUCCCACCGCUCUGCCUUGAGUGCCGGGAUCAUUUUUUGUAUGGACCUAACGCCAUUACUCCUUGUUUACAUGCUGUCCCUCUUGCACAUACAGGCACUUCCCGUGCCUCAGGGCAGAGCGGGGGGACAAAUCUGUUCUGAAUGUACUAGUUCUGUUUUCGUUAAUACACAGCGCUUAAUUAAUGAGGAAUGUCUCGGACCAGGUGUUGUUAGAAGUCCCAUGUUUUCAUAAGCAUCUUUAGCACUAAGAGCAGCCAGGUCAGUGCCAAUUGCAGCCAGUGUCAUUUGUUGGGUGUAAUUACAAGUAAGUAUUUUUAAUGUACAGCGCUGCGUCCUUUUGGCACCUCUGAACUACAAAAAGCAAUGCAGAAAGUGGGUAGGUUGAAAUGGUUGACAUGUGUAUCUCCUCAUAUCAUUUAUCUAUGUAUAUGCGUCUGUAUUUAAUGUAGCAGCAUACUACUGGAAUAACCUGUAGCACUGGAUCUAUUCAGGUGUAACUGAGCACACACGUGUAUCAUCCACAAACUGAUCUUUGUAGGAACGUACCUAAAAUUGUGUAGUACUCGGCUGAAAACUGUAAAUGUUUUUGCUGUUUCUGUAAGUCGAUAUUUUUGUCAGUGUAACUGUUUGAGGGACAGUUGUAUAAAAUUGUGGAUGAUGAAAACCCAUAUUCUUGAAUGUGCUGCAAUGGCUCUAUAAUGUAAGUCAUUUAGUUAAUGCACUGCUUAAAAAAAAUAAUAAUUGUACCAUGUUUAGAGGAGCACUGUGUCUUUUUUUCCUCUCUAAAUGUAUUUGUUCCAUGAAGUUUCACUUGUAUUACAGUUUAUUUUUAUUCCCUACAAAAAUAAAUACCUUGCCUUUUUAAAGUAAA